GUCGCACUUUCAUCGUCCGACCUUGACAGCACCCCGAGCAUGCUUCGUUGGCCUCGCCCUUGAUUAGGGCUGCACUGUGACUGAUCAGCCAUCAUGGGGUGGUUUUGGAAGAAUGGCACCGAUGCUGCCGCGUUCGAGAGAACUCUCUCCACCCUCUCGGCGAAAAUCAGCAGAGCCACCACCAGAAAUGACAAAAUGCGUCAGCUUUCCCGGCGUGCCCGCGUCAUGUGGACGCUGUACGCUGGGUUUGCCUAUAUCCUGGCUGCCAUGCUGCUUACUCUCGUCACGGGAUGGCAGAACUGGGGGGUGACAGAGGGUUCAGUCGUCGCUGGUGGGCCGGUAGUCAUCUACCUGAUCCGCUACGCUCUCACCAGCUACUUCGACUACCGCAUCCGCAACACGGACGUCUACCUCAAGAAACUCAACAAGGAACGAGACGCCACCAUCGAUAAACUGAAGGAGGCUACCAAGUACAACUCGACGCAGCAACUGCUCGAAAAGUACGGUGCGUCGCCAAAGAAGGAGCCGAGCCCUGGCCCGGGACGUAGGAAGUCCCAAGGCCCGCAGAAACCGGGCCAGCCGCAAGGUCCACGGACUGGCUUCGCUCCCCCACCCACGGCCAACAUCCAGCGAUCCCCUCAACAGCCCCAACAACAACAGCCGUCUACCCCGCAACGCCCGCCGCCUGCUGUCGCCUCACCACAAGCUCCACCUUCGAUUCAGGUCCAAGCCCCACCAGAAGCUCCAGGCGCAGAGUUUGCACCAAAUGCAUUCGGCGCUCCAGAUAUCACCAAACAGUACUCCUCUGCGUCUCCCUCAACCCUCACGCAGACCCACUGGUAUGACCGCAUCCUCGACGCUCUCCUCGGCGAAGACGAAACACAAGCCAAGAACCGCAUGGCGCUGAUCUGUUCUGAAUGCCGCCUCGUAAACGGCCAAGCACCCCCCGGGACGCGCUCCAUCGAAGACGUCGGCCGCUGGCGAUGCGGAGGCUGCCGGGCGUGGAACGGCAAGGAGAGGAGCGACGAGUUGCCCGAAGACGUGCAGGCCAACCUGGUGAAAGUGUGGGCUGCCGAGGCGGAGAAGGAGAGAAACGCUAGUACAGAGGGGGGAGUGGAUUCAGAUAAUCGCGAGACGGAGGAUCAUAGCUCGGAGGUUGAUGAUGAGGAAGAGGAGGAGGAGGAGGUUAGGCCGUUGAGUAAGUCGUCGAAGGGGAAGGCGAGGGCGCGCGGGAGGAAGUGAGGUGGGGUUAUCGCUGGACACGGCAUGUGUUUCUGCGAGACAGUAUUGCUCUUGAGCGUGUGGAUUCAGUAGGCGGACUGACAUAUCAUAUUAUAUCAUAGCGUAGCGUGGCAUGGCAUGGCAUAUACCUUGACGAGAAUCCUUUUCGUGGUCAC